UUGCUCAAUUCACGCAAAGCCACUGGCGGUCACAAAUCAGCCAAUACUAUAGCUAUUACUGAAAUAUAUGAUCCAUCAGCGGACCAAUGGACCAUUACUGCAAGCAUGGCAACACCACGUGAAUUUCAUACUGCAACUCUGCUCAAUUCGGACAAAGUUCUUGUAGCUGGUAGCGGAGGAUAUUCCGGUUAUACGGCUACAUGUGAAAUAUAUGAUCCAUCAACCGGCCAAUACGUAGGAUAUCUUGGAGCUGGAUUCGAGUAUUCCGCAACUGGAUUCGCCUGUAGGUUACACCAAACCAUGCCAAUGGUAUACCAAGAUAGAUCUCGACGAGA